AUGAUGAAUGAUCCGAUUCCAAUUGCUGUAUCUUCUGUAACACAGGUACAUCUGAAUCAACAAUCACCGAAUGAACCUACUACAACUCAUUUUUCAAUGACAACUGAAUUAAGUAAUGAUAUUGGUGAUUAUUUAGAAAAAGGUAGUCAAACUGACCAUGUAAAAGCAAGGUUUUUAGAAGCACCUAAUGUUCCUGAUAAUAAUUUUCUAUACCCUUUUAGUUUGCAUAAUAAAAAAGGUAAACAAGAAAAAAGAUACCUCAAAAGGGAUCAUUUUAUUCAGUAUAAAUGGCUUGUAUAUUCACAAAAAAAAGGUGGUGUUUUUUGCAAUUAUUGUGUUUUUUUUGCAAAUAAAGGAGGAAAAGAUAAAAAUGUAACUCUAAAAAGUUUGGUAACUGUACCUCUUGAUAAAUAUGCCAAAAUAUUGGGUGAAACUGGUGAUUUUAGCAAACACAGUAAAAACUUAUACCAUAUAAAUGCAACACAAAUGGCCAAUGAUUUUUUAAUUUGCUAUAAAAAUCCGGAAAAAGAAAUUAUUAAUGUAAUUAAUAGUACUAGGUUGAAGCAAGUUACUGAAAAUCGAGCCAGAUUAAAACCGAUUGUUGAAUCAGUGAUUUUUCUUGGGCGACAAAACAUUCCUUUACGUGGCCAUCGUGACCAAGGCAGCUUGAUAGGUAAUGAGCAGAAUAAAAAUAAUUUAUCUGUAGUAAACGAAGGAAAUUUUCGUGAGCUAUUAAGGUUUCGGAUACUAUCAGGAGAUACAGUUUUACAAAAUCAUUUGGAAACAACUAGUGCAAAGGCAACAUAUAUCUCACACACAUCUCAGGAAGAAAUUAUACAGUGCUGCAAAGAAGAAAUUUUAUUUCAAAUAAUGGAAAAUAUAAGAGAAAGCCAAUAUUUUUCAAUAAUAUUUGAUGAAACUACAGAUAUUUCUCACAUUUCUCAAAUGAGUUUAAGUUUAAGAAAUAUAGAUAAAGAAAAUAAGGUUCAUGAACGGUUUAUUGGCUUCAUUAACUGUCAUAACUAUGUAUAUACAAACCAUAAUGAAUUAGAUGUAAUAGAGCCUUGUACAAAUAUAAAUUUAGAACCAAAACUGACUGGUGAGAUAUUAGGCAAUACUGUAGUUAGUGUUUUAAAAGACAUGUCACUGCAUUUGGAUGACUGUAUUGGAAUUGCAACUGAUGGAUGUGCUGUAAUGACAUCUGUAAUAAGAGGUGCCGUUCAACACAUUCAAAAGAGCUGUGUCAACGCUGUUCAUAGUCCAUGUUCUAAUCAUGCUUUAAAUUUGUCAAUCUCAAAAUCCUCCAAUGUACAACUAGUAAGAAAUAGCAUGGGCAUCAUCAAAGAAGUUUUAUCAUUUUUAAUUUAUCUUCGAAACGCAAUUUUAUUUUGA